GCUUUGUUCGUUGGGACUGCACUAAGCAGUUUAGUGCAGAUGUUGUGUGUUCGUUGGAGUAGUGUAGUUUAGUGCAGUUGCACUCAUACUGUUCGUUAGGCCAUGGGUAAUGCAACUUCGUGCAGCCGGUACAAGUUAGUGCAAAUUUUGUUGCAUCUGUUUUCGAUUAAGUUCAAUAAGUGCAGUGUAAUUCAGUGUAACGAUAUCUCUGCACGAUAUGGCACUAGUAUGACGUCAUAGUGCAAUUAAGUGUAUUUUUUCAUUUAUAUUGUUAAAUAUAGUACCUUAAUUUCUCCUCUGCUGUUAUAAGUUUUAUUCUAUUAUGAAAGUUAUAAAAUGUGUGGACAUCAGACUUUGAGGAAAAUUUUUGAUACAUCCAUGAGCUGUAUCUUCGAAAGUAGCAAACUCCUUCGUUUUGAUGUUAAUCACAAAGUUUCCUUACAUUCUAGCGCACAAUAGGUAACACGACUAAACGACUAGAUAUGAACUUUAUUGAAAAGCAACGUAAAAUCAACUAUAUCUCUGAAACAAUUGAUUUUAUGACCUAAGUUUACUAAGACUUUUUUGUUUAUCUUGACGAGAACUAUAACUGGGUAAAAUAUCCGAACACAAUUUUUAAACACCCGGUAUAUAACUUGGCGAUUUUAUAGGCUAAGGCCACAUACGGCACAGGUUGCUUUCUGCUCUAUAACACCGGAACCAUAAAAGUGGAUAGCUCACAUGGCUUGUUAACUACCGUAGCUUAUCAAUUAGGUCCCAAAACACUCCCAGUUUACGCUUUAGAGGGGUCAGUCGCUAUCGCAGGUGCGGCUUUGCAUUGGUUAAGGGACAAUUUGAACAUUAUACCUAGUUAUUCCGACGUUCAACAAUUUGUAGACAAAGCGGAAGAAGUCGAGGGUGGAGACGUGUAUUUUGUACCGGCUUUUAGCGGACUUUAUGCUCCAUAUUGGCAACAAGACGCCAGAGGCGUAAUUGUUGGAAUUACGGAAGAUACUGAAUCAUCGCACAUAGUUCGAGCUUCUUUGGAAGCGGUUUGUUUUCAAGUGCGAGAUGUUGUUGAAGCUAUGAAUAAAGAUUAUGGUGCUAAAUUAAAAAAUCUUCAAGUUGAUGGUGGAAUGACAACUAAUUCAAUGUUAAUGCAACUUCAAGCCGAUUUAACUGGGGUGACUAUCGGAAAGCCGAAAAUGGCGGAAAGUACAGCUCUUGGAGCGGCGAUGUGUGCAGGUGCAGCAAUGGGUUGUUGGAACGUUUUGCCGCCGAUGGAUAUUCCGUUGCAAGCAUGGCCUCCAAAACUUAAAGAAAACGAACGAGAUGUUCGUUAUGCUAGAUGGAAAGACGCGGUGGAAAGAAGUUUUGGAUGGGAUAAUUAGAUGUAGUCGCUUAUUACAAUGAAAUUAAAUAAAGGAAAUUUUAAGAAA